CCACACCUCAACACAUCACCGCGCCUAAGCGCCAGAAGAAGAAGAAGAAUUCAAAAGGAAACUUGAGAAAAAUUAUGGAUUCAGUUUUGAAAUGCAGCCGGCUCUUUAAAUUUGGAAUUAAUAUCUCCUUUAGCAGGAGUUUAUCUGUUGGAGUUAAAAAUCACUCAAAUAAUGAAGGUUGGUUUAGUAAGCUGUUGAUGGUACGUAAAAAUUGAUCCUGGUCAUGACUCUCAUUCAAAGGUUCUAUCUGCCUCUGACAUUAUUUAUGAAAUGCAAACUCAUGAUGUCAAGCCAGAUCAUAUAGAGCCAUAUUUAAAAAAUUAUGAAAAAUAUGUAAAAGUUGCUGCUGAGAAAAUAGAAGGUACUGAAUUGGUUGCAAGUUUUCGUGUAGAAAUAGGAGAUCAAGAUCAAUUCAUUCAUAUCUGGCGAUACAAGCAUGGAUAUCCUCACGCUCAUGAAUUUUUGGAGUUGCGCCAUAAAGAUAAUGAUUUAAGAACACUGAUCGCUGAACGUGUUAAUUUUUUGAGGUAUCGAGAAAACCAGUUUAUGUUGCCAUUUAGUUUUUGGGGUCAUCCUGAGCCAAGACAGGAGAACCAUAUGUAUGAAAUGAGGUCCUAUGUUCUAAAGCCUGGUACCAUGAUAGAAUGGGGUAAUAAUUGGGCUAGAGGUGUGACAUAUAGAAAAGAAAGUGCUGUUGCUGGUUUCUUCUCUCAGAUAGGACAGCUUUAUACAGUGCAUCACAUAUGGGCUUACAAGGACUUACAAAUGCGUAAAAGUGUUAGGGAUGCUGCUUGGAGGAAACCUGGAUGGGAUGAAUGUGUAGCUCAUACAGUUCCUUUGAUAAGAGAAAUGCAAAGCAGAUGGUUGUGGCCUACUUCAUUUUCACCCAUACAUUGAAUUUUUCAAGCACAAUUGAAAUUGUCAGUGUUUUUGAAAAAAAAGUAUUAGUCAUUGUUUUCCUUUUAGAUUUUAUUUAUUUAAAAUAUACCCAAGUUUUUUUAUUUUAUACACAAAAAUUAUUUAUUAGAAUGGUCUUUUCUGUGAGAAUCCUCUGAUAUCUGUUAUGUAUAGCCAUAAAGACUUGCAUUUAGUAAUGAAUCUCUUUAUAUACAUCACCAUUUUAUUAUAAUGUAUAUAAAUCUUUGGUAUUUUUGUAUCAAAUCUUCCCUUUAUAAUUUUGUGUAUUGUAGUCAUUUAUGUAUGUCCUGUUUUAAGGUUUGUUUUAUUUGAAAUAUAUUUGUGUUUGAUUGGAAUGAAAUAACUUAUUCAAAAUUAAAACAUUUUUUUGCAUAAUGAUCAAGCGAUACAAAUUCCAAGCUUGCAAAUGUAAGAUUCUUUAAUAAAUAUGGAUUUGAUUGAAAUAAUUUAUGCUAAAAAUUUAAAAAUUCACUCAUUAAAUUUGCAUGAGGCAACUGUUGUUCAUUCAUAUUGUUCAGCGAUUUAAUCUAUUGAGGUUUUGGAAAUUGUGGAAUCUUGAUUUUUAAUAAAACGUAUUGAUGAGACUAGUCAUGCAACCUUAAAUCAUGUUCUGUUUAUGUGCCAAAUUAAUUUAAAUUCUCUAAAAUUUUGUCAUGUUACUUGUGAGUAUGCAUUAAAAAUUUAAAAGAAAAAAAAAAGAGUCAAAAAUCCAAACACAUUGGCACUAUACGUAGUUCAGAUUUUGGAAAAUAGUAUGCCUUUAAAAAGUGGUUAUGCAAUACGUAUGUAAAUAACUUACACUACAGUAUGCAACGUGACAAUAUGUAAUUGCCAUUUAUAACUUUCAUUGUUUACUGAUCGUAAAGGAAGUUUUAUUAAAACAGAAGAAAGUCAAAAAUCUGAACUAAUAACUUCAGAUUUUCGAGCAUACCAUUUAGGAAAAUAGUAUGCCGUUUAAUGAAAUGAUUAUACAACAUGUACAUACGUUACGUACAAUACAGUACGUAACGUUACAAUGCAUAACUAUAUUUUUUAAACUCUCAUUUUCCUGAACAUAGGGAAAAAAUAAAAAAUAUUUACAGCACCGUAUUUUUUAAGACUAAAAAUUUUUACUCUCGAAUUUUAUGUACUUUUUGCUUAUUUUCAUUUCUUAUGUGGUGAAACCUAUAUUAUUUUGCAUGGUAAAUACCACCUCUGUUACGUACUUAGUUUUAUUUCUUUAUCAUUUUAUGUAGUUAUUUAUUUCCUGAAAUAUAUCUGUUCUUUUGUAACUGUUGAGUAGUUUCUCAAGUUCGGAUUUUCGACUUUCUACUGAACUUCAUGGGAGAGCAUUUGGAUUUUUUACCAUCUACUGUAUUUAAAACUGAAAAAGCAUGAAAACGGCCACAUCUCAUUUAUUGGGCAAUAUUAAGCUGAAUUAAGUGAGGAACAUUAUGCUGUAAAUCAGUUUAUCUAAUGUAAAGGAAAUAUUGAUUCCAAUUUAUUAAUUCAUAAAUAAAUUUGAACCUUUUUUCCAGA